CGCGCGCUCUUGCCUCCGUCUGUUUUCUCCUGUUGGCCGGACGAGCAGCACAGGACGAGAGCAACUGUACGGAGAAAAUGACGGCUGUUUUGAAACGAAAAGUCGACUGGAUGUCAGCACUUCUCUAGAUUAACAUGCCGAUUCAUACAUCCUUCAUGAGCUGUCAGCUGAAUUAGGUCCGACACUGUGCUUCUGGAUUCAUUGCCCUUCUGUCUGCCUCCAGGACCUUUGAAGUAGGUGCAAAUGCCAAACACUUAAAGCUUAAUAGUCAAGUCUGCUGCGUCUCACAGGAUAGUGAGAAAAUCCAAUUGCAAUGGGGAACCAGCUGACAGAGAUUGCUCCCAACACACCAUUUUUGCCUAACUUUCACUCCCUACACGUGGUGGUCAUUGGGCUGGACUCUGCGGGCAAAACUUCCCUCCUUUACAGACUUAAAUUGAAGGAGUUUGUCAAAACUAUUCCGACCAAAGGCUUCAACAUGGAGAAGAUCAAAAUGUCAGUGGGCAAUGGACGAGCCAUUACUUUCCAGGUAUGGGACGUGGGUGGUCAGGACAAACUGCGGCCACUGUGGAAGUCGUACACACGCCGCACCGAUGGCAUAGUUUUUGUUGUGGACUCCGCCGAAGCAGAGCGUAUGGAAGAGGCCAAGGUGGAGCUUCAUAAGAUCACACGCACGUCAGAGAACCAGGGUGUGCCUGUGCUUGUACUAGCCAACAAGCAGGAUCUUCCGGUUGCCCUUCCUGUCAGUGAGGUGGAGAAAGUUUUGGCUGUACACGAACUGAGUGCUAACACCUUUCACCAUGUGCAAGGCUGUAGUGCUGUGGAUGGCCAAGGCCUUCAGCUGGGCCUAGAGAAACUGUAUGAGAUGAUUUUAAAAAGAAAAAAGGUGGUGAGGCACAGCAAGAAAAAGAGAUAAGCGGCUUAAGGACCCCCUUUAAGGCACAGUUAUCUUGCUUGUGAACCUCCACAGCGGUUUCUGCGUUAUUGCAGGAUUUUGCUGGGAACAAAGAAAUCCUUCCAGAUGGCCUUGGAGUCAAAAUGGCUUUGACCUUUAUCUAUCACACAGUAUUGAGCUGCUUUCCAUAGUAUUUCCUGUGCAGCUGCUGUUUAUAUUUGAAGACUGCUAUAGAUUGAAAAGGCUAAUAUCAACAGAAUUUAAGCCCAUGCCUUUUGUUCAUAUGCAUUUCCUCCAGUAAGGAAAGUGACUGAAUUCAAGACCAUGGCUUUGCAAAACACUGGUUUGCUUUUAGAGCCAAAAUUACUUUAUUUCAGUGCUGAUAUAAAGUUUGCCCUGUUAGUAUUUGUAUUAAGCUAGUUGUGGACUUAAUGUUUGACACAGAAUCUAUUCACACUUCUAGUGGAGUUUUAGUUCAAAAACCUGAUCAUUUUUACAUUCUGUAAAUAGUUUUUUGUAAUGUUGAGGAAUGAAUAAAUUAUAGAUGACUUUGACACGAGAUAUGCAUAAUAGAAAUAUUUCUCUUUGUAAGUCUAUAAUUAUUAUCAGUUAUCAAUAAUUAUAAUUAUUGAGUCAUACAGAAAUUGCUAUAUGAAACACUUUAGGAAAGCCAGUUUCAGUUUGUGGCAUUAGAAAUACGGACUGGGCUUCUGGCUUGAAGGCAGUGAGAUCUGAUACUUCUCUUUAUAUACAGGUUUCUUUAGAAUUAAUAGAUCUUUGGUGUGCAGAGGUAUCAUUUGUUGGACAGUGCCUUCAGCUAGGAACUUCACCCUAUUUAUAAUAUCUUAUAGAUUAAGCUUAAAGCAAUUGUAUCCCUAAGUGGAGUAACAAUACAAAAAUAGCAGCUGUCCCAAAUUUAUUUAUAGAAACAGUGCUUGUGAUGAUGUCACUGCUGGCCUGUGUUACAGAAAUGCUCUAAGGGGUGUCCCAUUAUGUCUGACUGGAGACAUUGUAAGACUCAAAGCAAUAUUUUUUAUGCUAAAUGUAUUAUAUGACAAUAAAACUAGUACAUUAGCUCAGUUAAAGAUUUUUUUAUGAAGUUAGCACUAUGUCUUAACAAAAGAAAUGUUUAAAAUAUUUGUGUUAUAUUUAUUCAUACACAGACCUAAAUAAAGUGAAAGUAUGAAAGAACAGCAAA